UUUCUCCCGCACCCAAAAUCCUUCUGAUUCCAUAAACCUCCAAUCGAAGCUUACAGUGAGCAGCCGGUGCUGAUGAAUCCGUUCGAGAGCGGACAAUGAGCGCACCACUCUCCGUCGAUGGAAAUGUCAGGCUCAGGUCCUCCUAUAGGUUUCUUUCACAUUCUUCUUGUUCUCCAAUCUUGCAUAAGAGAACAACCUUCCAUUCACUGGUGACCUUUUUCUUCCUCCCAAUCUCCUUGUUGGGCAGCUGGAGAGUCGUCCUUGCCCUCUCCCAUGAACCGCCGAACGACUGGGUGCCAUUUUUGUGUUGAGGAUUUUAAAUAGAAUCAUACCCGAAUUUGGUUGUUCGAGGAGGCUUUCCAUGUGAAACGUUAAAUGAAGGAUCUAGGAUCAUUGUAUGUGGGAAGAAUGUAUUUGUAGAUCGUUGUUUUGCCCAUGUCAAGUUCUCAUGUGAAAAUUUAUGAUGUCAUAUGCUUCUAUUCUCUGCACAAGGCCAUAAAUUGUUUAAUGUUUAACCAUGAUGCUUAUGCUUCAUAACUCUGAAAUGUUAACUUUUGUUUCAUGGACGUAGUGCAGCUUUAUCUGACCUUGAUGCUGCUAGCAACAUCGGUACACAACCCUUCGAGUUAUGCCCUUUCAUCAAAGUCUUUCAUUGAGAACGAGAAGGAAGCCUCUUCAUUCAUUCCUUCCUACUAGUGUUAGCAAAGCUCACGAAGCAUUUGGUAGAGUUUCUCGAUGGAUUUCUGGCUCUACGUUUAACUUCUUGCCUUCUGAAUCCAUACCAACUGGCUGCCACUUUCUCCAGUCCAACGUCCUCCGGAUUCAUCGCAGUGCUCACUUCUCUAACAGUUCCAUCAGUUCAUUUCUAAUUUGCAGAUAUAACCAUGUUGCUCUCCCGCUGUCUGUUGAAACUCACCACCCAAACUUUGCCUCACGGCGUGCUCUCACCCCUGGUUUUGUUUAUGAUUCUCAGUUCGAAGAGUUGUGGUGUCUCCUCUGCAGGAUUCGUUUGGCAGGCUCUAUCCCUGAUGCCUUUGUCUAUUGCCGGCUUUUGUCAGCGUGCUCUUUGCACCGAUCUUGGCAAAGAGGGUUGCAGGUGUUUGUGCAUAUUAUCAAAUUUGGGUAUUUGUCCAAUUUGUAUGUGGCAACCAGCUUGAUUGAUUUUUUGGCCAAAAACGCAAGCUUUGACGACAUCAUGUGGGCUUUUUAUGACAUUCCUCAUAGAAAUGUGGUUCUUUGGAAUGCUGUUAUUGCUGGUAGCGUGAGGCACAAAGAGAGCUGGGUGGCACUUUCUCUCUUCAAAAGUAUGCUGUAUGAUUCUCAUUAUGUACCAAAUUCUUUUUCACUUUCAAGUGUCUUAACUGCUUGUGCUGGUAUUGAAGAAUUGGACUUGGGUCGAUCAAUUCAUGUUUGGAUAAUCAAAUGCAAUCUUCUAGAUGAUGUUUUUGUUGCAACUGGCCUCGUUGACAUGUAUGCAAAAUGUGGAAGCAUGGUGGAUGCCCUUGUGGAGUUUCAGCGAAUGCCCGAACGUAAUGUUGUGUCCUGGACAGCUGUAAUCUCAGGUUAUAUUCGCCAGGGUGAUGCUGUUUCUGCUUUUGAGUUCUUCAACAACAUGAGAACUUUUGGAGUUGGUGCAAAUAUAUACACUCUCACAAGUAUGCUCUCUGCCUGUGCUAAAAUAGCCAAACUUGAACAGGUAUUGCAGUUUCAUUGUUGGAUGUUGAAGAAUGGUCUUUUUUCAGGCACUGUGGUUUCCGAGGCCCUCAUAAAUGCAUAUGCAAAAUGUGGGAACAUUGAAUUGUGUGAGAAAGUUUUUCAUGAAGAAAGAGUCAGUGGUGAUAAGAUAUCUAUCUCCUUAUUCUCAGCCAUGCUUGCUGGUUAUGCUCAAAGCCAGAAUUCUGGAAGAUCUAUUUGGUUGUUCCAGCAGAUACUUCAUGAAGGAAUGAGACCUGACAAAUAUGCAACAUCAAGUGUUUUGAGUGUAGUGGACGUUGAAGAACUAGGGAAACAGAUACACUCUUUUGCUGUUAAGACAGGAUUAUCUUGUGAUGUUUCUGUCGCUAGUUCAAUUUCCACAGUGUAUUCCAAAUGUGGAAGCCUAGAUGAAGCUUUUCAAUUGUUCGAGGGAGCAGUUGAAAGAGAUGUUGUUUUUUGGACAUCCAUGAUUGCUGGAUUUGCAGAUCAUGGCCAGCCAGAAAAGGCAUUUGAACUAGUCAGAAAAAUGCAGUUCGAAGGACUCAACCCUGAUGUGUUCACUCUGUCAGCUCUCCUCACUGCUUGUUCUGUUUGCAAAUCGUUGAGGAAAGGAAAAGAAAUCCAUGGCUUUGCUCUUCAUUUUGCCAUGGAAGGACAAAAUCUCGUAGGCAGUUCUCUUGUUAAUAUGUAUUCCAAAUGUGGAGACACAGUUUCUUCCUUCAGAGUAUUCAAUAGGAUGCCAGAAAAGGAUCACUUCUCUUGGUCUUCUCUUAUUUCAGGUUUGGCACAAAAUGGGUAUUGUGAGGAGGCCUUGAUGCAAUUUCAUGAGAUGCUGAAGGAUGGAUUGAAAAUAGAUAGUUUUGUUGUGUCAUCGCUUCUUGGGGUGCUCUCAAGUCUCACGUACGUGGAACUGGGCAAGCAAUUUCAUGCUCAAACCAUAAAAACAGGCCUGGAGUUCGACCUUACUGUAGGCAGUUCUUUGGUUACUAUGUACUCAAAAUGUGGAAACAUAGAAGAUUCUCGGAAAGUAUUUGAUCUUCUAUGUGCAACAGAUGUUGUGUCUUGGACUGCCAUAAUUGCUGGCUAUGCUCAUAAUGGACAAGGUCUUGAGGCUCUUCAAAUGUUUGAGCAGAUGCUAGAGAAAGAUAUUGAACCAGAUGCUGUGACUUUUGUUGGGGUUUUGACUGCAUGCAGCCACAAUGGUUUAACAGAAGCAGCAUAUGGCUAUCUUGAUUCCAUGGAAAAAGAUUAUAGUAUCAAACCAGGUAUUCCACAUUAUGCAUGCAUGGUCGAUGUGCUUGGCCGAUCUGGCAGACUGGAAGAAGCAGUGAAGUUCAUAGAUGCAAUGCCUCUCAAGCCAGAUGCGCUUGUUUGGGGAACACUUCUUGGUGCCUGCAGGCUCUAUGAGAAUGUUGAGCUUGGAAAAUUGGUAGCGAACAAGGUUCUAGAGCUGGCUCCCAGUGAUUCAGGAGCCUAUGUGUCAUUGUCCAAUAUGUCUGCGAAGAUAGGCAACUGGGGAGAUGUUACAAUGAUAAGGAAUCUGAUGAAUGAUUUUGGUAUUCAAAAGGAACCAGGGUGGAGCUCAGUAUAACAAGUUCAAGUGAUGAGAGUAACGUCAGACCUGUUAAGUUUCCUUGAUUAGGGGAAAAGGAGAGAGAGUUGCUGAUUGUGGCUGGUACGUCCUAUAUUUAUGAAUGGCUUCCUUAGGGGUCAUGUACUGCCUCGCGUUUCACCUUUUUGCACCGGCAACAUCCUCCUUUGGCAUCAACUCUCCUCCAGCGACAUUCCUUUGCUCAUGCAAGCUUCAUCGACCUACGGCUUACAGCUCUUAUCAUUGACCUGCCAUCACUGCCAUCGUCAUUGAUGUCGUUGCUUCACCAUUGCUUGUGUUCAUCUAUUGAAGCUUCCCGACAGUGAUCCAUGGAGCAUCAGUGACCGGUUGUAGCCUUAAUGGUGAUGCCACCUCCAUCAUAGAUGUCCUAAUGUCAAAAUGAGAUAGAGUUCAAGAACGGAGGAUAGUUUUGAUUGCCAGACGUGCUCCAUCAGAAAUAGGCAAGAGCUUCUGAUGCUGGAUUCAUUCCAUCAGGAAUUUGUGAGGGCUCCAUUAGAGAUUUUGAUGGUCUAUCCAUUUAGCUUCUAAUUGAGCCAUGAGUAUGAAGGAUGGAUCUUGGUAUUCUGGUCGUGUGGUUGAAGAUCAUGCACAAUGACGACUUAUGGGAUAUCUGAGGCUACGAGUUUCUCAAACUAUUCUCUCAUUUUCUAUCAUGAGAAGUCCAGAAUGCAGAAUUUUUGAUGUAGUACUUUGCUGUUUGCCAUAUCAGUCUACCAAUAUAUUACAACUCCAGUAACUAAAUUCUAUUUCUGGAUACACAUAUAUGAUCUUAAGCACCUAUACUUUUGGCCUGAUCAUACCUCAACAAAAUGUAAUGUCAAUGCAAGGCAUGCAAGCUUUCUUCCAUGGGCAAGUUCUUUAUUAGCUCAUUCUUUCUUAAUGGAACAUUUUUCAGUUGCAUUUCAACUUCGCAUGCUAUUUUUUCCUCAGCUAUGGCCCUAUACCUAUGUUGUGUUUGCUUGUUUUUAAUUGUUGCAUUUCAAUUUCUGAGAUGCAUUUGUCUACUAGUACCUGUAGGCAUUUCCAAUGUUUUAAAGGAUUCACUUUCCAGGAUGGCAAAAGAAAAUACCCAUUCUUCAAUAUAUUACUGCUUACAAAUGACUCAAAUAUUGUUGUCGAAGACAAUGGGAAGUCGGAAGCUGCAACAGAAGAAUAGUAGGGUUCCAACUAUCUGCAGUGGUUCCAACAGCUUCACGGUUCUCUUCUUUGCUGCCUCGCAAUCUGUUCUGAAAGGAACUGAAAAGAAUCACAUGCUUUUCUGGCAUCCUUUCAGUGAUGCUUCUUGGGCUUCUUAAUAUGGGUAUAUGGGCAUUUCAUGUUGAAGAACGAUGCUAUCCAGACAUUAGCCCCAGCAUCUUCUUACGCAUUAUUUGAGUCUUCUUCACUGCUUGCAUACCAUCACAAUUCAAAAGAUACUUAAAUAUCGAUUUCCCUUUUUGAUGUUUGUUCUGCAUUUUUGUUCGAUUGAGGUCCACCUGUUAUGGAACAUUGUGACCUUGUCUGUUUCUCAUGCAGUUUCUGUCCAUUAGUCAAUGUAAAACAGGUUCUGGAAGUUGUAUGAGCCUCUGAUACUGAUUCGUUUUAGUAAGUCAUGAUUAAGCUAAUUCUCCAAA